AUGUGCACCUCAAGUCAGACAUCCUUUUCCUCAAGAUCCUCCAAACAAUAUCUCUCCACACCAUCAGCAUCCUCAAAGUCAGACUCGACGUCGUCUUCUACCUCUCAAAGAGCCCAGCAUGGCUCAAGUGCCUCGCACUCUUCAUCUCCAUCCGCAAUUUCAUCCUCAUCGCAAUCAUCCCAACAGGAUUCAGCAGAGCACAAGCACCAAGGUGAAGCAAUCAAGCGAUAUGAGAACGAACCCAGAGAUUGCAAGUCUUGGGUCGUGGAGGAAUACGAUGCACAUCAGCAACAAGCGAGCAAUGAGCAUUGGAACGAAGUGGAAAGAGAUUUCCAAGGUGUUGAGUGGGCGCACUAA